CCGGCCGGUCCCGGGCGGCGGCGCGAGGGGCGGCCGCGAUGCGCUCGGCCUGAGGCGGCCCGGCACGGCCCUCCUCGCUUCCCUUGACUUCCAUCGCGCCCCAGCGUCAUCCUGCGAGUCCCUCUGACGGCAGGGAAGAUGGCUGCACGGAGCUGGCAGGACGAGCUGGCCCAGCAGGCCGAGGAAGGCUCGGCCCGGCUGCAGGAAAUGCUCUCGGUCGGCCUCGGCUUUCUGCGCACCGAGCUGGGCCUCGACCUGGGGCUGGAGCCGAAGCGGUACCCCGGCUGGGUGAUCCUGGUGGGUACAGGCGCGCUCGGGCUGCUGCUGCUCUUCCUGCUGGGCUACGGCUGGGCCGCGGCUUGCGCCGGCGCCCGCAAGAAGCGAAGGAACCCGCCGCGCAAGCGGGAGGAGGCGGCCGCCCAGCCGACCCCGGCCUCUGACGACCUAGCGCUGCUGAAGAAUCUUAGAGGCGAAGAGCAGAAGAAGAAGAACCGAAAGAAACUGCCGGAGAAGCCCAAACCAAAUGGGCGAACUGUUGAAGUGGCUGAAGAUGAAGUUGUCCGAACACCUCGAAGUGUAACAGCAAAGCAGCCACCAGAGACAGACAAGAAAAAUGAAAAGUCAAAGAAAAAUAAGAAGAAAUCAAAGUCAGAUGCUAAAGCAGUGCAAAACAGUUCACGCCAUGAUGGAAAGGAAGUUGAUGAAGGAGCCUGGGAAACUAAAAUUAGUCACAGAGAGAAACGACAGCAGCGUAAACGUGAUAAGGUGCUGACAGAUUCUGGUUCAUUGGAUUCAACUAUCCCUGGGAUAGAAAAUACCAUCACAGUUACCACCGAGCAACUUACAACUGCAUCAUUUCCUGUUGGUUCCAAGAAGAAUAAAGGUGAUUCUCAUCUAAAUGUUCAAGUUAGCAACUUUAAGUCUGGAAAAGGAGAUUCUGCACUUCAGGUUUCUUCAGGAUUGAAUGAAAACCUCACUGUCAAUGGAGGAAGCUGGAAUGAAAAGUCUAUAAAACUCUCCUCACAGAUCAGUGCAGGCGAGGAGAAGUGGAAUUCCGUUUCACCUGCUCCUGCAGGCAAGAGGAAAACUGAGCCAUCUGCAUGGAGUCAGGAACCUGGAGAUGCCAAUGCUAAUGGAAAAGACUGGGGAAGGAGCUGGAGUGACCGUUCUAUAUUUUCUGGCAUUGCUGCUUGGUCUAGUGUGGAUAGGGGAAUGAAUACCUCUGAACAGAAUUCUGCUUCUUUUGCAUCUCUCACACUUAACUCUGCUGUUUCUGGGUCUACUGCUGAGCCAGUUUCUCAGUCUACCACUUCUGAUUAUCAGUGGGAUGUUAGCCGUAAUCAACCCUAUAUCGAUGAUGAAUGGUCUGGGUUAAAUGGUCUGUCUUCUGCUGAUCCCAGCUCUGAUUGGAAUGCACCAGCAGAAGAAUGGGGGAACUGGGUAGACGAAGAAAGAGCUUCACUUCUGAAGUCCCAGGAACCAAUUCUUGAUGAACAAAAG